AUGCACGCAUACAUCGGCGAAUUAGCGCCUAGUAAUAAGCCCUCGCCGACCCAAGAGCGCGGUGACUUCGACAACGGCGCACAUGUGGAAGGAGGAACCGGGCACCGUACGCGAGUGGCAUGGAGUGAUGACGAGGUAGGUGGCUCGAGUGUGCCCACGCCCGUGUCGGGCGAGAGCGUGCCGAUAGGAGUGGAAAAGACGGGGCAAGACGAGACGAUAGGGGAUGGGCACGGGAAUUCUGACCAAUCCCGAGCUUGGACAGGCGGCCUCGGCCCCCCAACUACUGCGCCUAUUUGUGGGACCCGUACUGAUCGGCGUUCGUACGCGGCCGCAGUGGCUGACUCCUUCCUUGACGGAGAUAGUCAGUAUCCAGUGGCUACAGAACGGGGUGCACAGGGGAAAGAACCGCGGGUCGGGUCCUCUCCUAUCGCGGGAGCUUUUUCCUGUGACGUUGCGGCUCGAUCUCGAAAUCUCGGGUCGGCGUAUGAGCCUCACUUGUUGGUGUCUGCGGGCUCGGGACCGGUGAGAGCUGCAACAGAGCAGGGAAGGGCCGACACGGUAGACGGGCAGGGUCCGGGACUUUUCGCUGACUCCAAAGAGGAUGGGAGUCAGCGCUCAUCUGCUGACCACACCCGGGUGCUGGUGCGGGCGGCUACGAGAGUGUGGACCGACAGAUCAGACGAUGAUCUCCGUUCGAUGAUUCCGCUUGAAGAGGAGGCUCUAGCGGCAUGGAUGAUGGGGGCUAUCAUGCUCCAGUCUCCGCCUGGAUUUUUGGUGUGCACGCACCCGAGGGCUACGCGAGUUGUAAUGCUUGAUUUUUUCGAAGAGUACCUGGAAGGGAAGGUCAUUGCGAUUGUCCCUCCGUACGUGCGCAUGCCUCAGUACAUCGCCGAGAAAACGUUGCUACUCCAGCUCUUGGAACGCAGUGAGGGGCAGACGGAGUCCGAUGUCAUGAGUCGGGAAUUGGUCAAGGGCGCCAAGCGGACCAGUUACGAUGCCGAAACGAGGCGACUGACUUUCAUUAUGCCGGAUCAAGCGGCAGCAGCAAGCUGGCAUGCAAAGAUGAUUUUGUUUCGCGGAAAGCGUCUUAGGCUGUUGUGCCCGGCCACUAUGGAGCGCGAAGACAUUACUGCUCCUUCGCUAUUAGCCACGUCAAGCGGUAGACACCAAUUGCAAUACCAAGUCCGGAUUUUGGUCAAUGGAGUGGCGGCAAGCACGGUUCAAGCUAUAUUGGCGUCUAGUGUGGCUUGUACGGUCACAUCCGUGUCUCGUGGGUGCCCACUCGGCUCGGAGGCAUAUGAUUCCAACUUUUUCGUGGCAACUUUUGACAUGGUGUCAUGUCCCGAGCAACUCAAGCUGGUCACGCACAUCGCAACAUCCGAAACGGAGAUCUUUCUCCACCAUUUUCGUCACUUUCAACGCGUUCCCUGUUUUUCCUGCUAUUCGCCAUAUCACUCGAGUGCUAAGUGUGGUGGACGCAAAGGCGCUUUUCAAAUUCAGCAUCACCGAGAAUUUACUGGUAUUCCUAUAGCUCCUCCUCACGUCAGUGGGUUGACUUUUAACCACUUGGACGUUGCCGGUCGCCUGCAGCAUGUCUCUGGACUGGCGGAUACUUUGGUGGCAACCACGGCGAAAUUAAAGGCUGAUGGCGACAAGGCCCCACUGCCGUUCGGGGCGGGGGCUACUCGCGUCAGUGGUCCAAUGACGAACGAGUGGUUCGAUCCUGGAGCGAACAAGAAAAAGAGGGAUGUGCGCCCCGCAGAUGUUUCGGCUAGUCGGGCAACAGGACCUGCUGUGAAGCUACCCAAGCAUCUGCAGUUCAACAAAGAUGGAGGUGCAAGAAAGUCACCACUCCCGAAGUCGAAGGCUGUUGCCCAAACUAUUUCCACGAACACGGUCGCUGACAAAAAGAAACCACCUCAACAGACUAAGGCAACUGUUCGUCAAAAAGGGCAAUCGACCACGGUCCAUUCUUCGCCACCACCCUCCGCUUCUUCGAAGGCGGACACCCAGCGCACGCUGGCGAUUCGGGAACUGGACCACAUAUUGAGUGGUGCUCAUGAGGAAGUUGCAGAACCUGCACCGAUUGAUCCGGGGGUCGAUUCGGCGCUACCUUCGACGAAUUUAAAAGAGGCGACCCUUGAGGCCGUUCGAUCGCAAGUAGCAACCGCACACAAAACGGUCGAGGAACUUAAUUUAGCAGCCGAAGAGAAGCAGCGCGCGGCAGACACCACGAAAUCAUGCUACUUUGCGGCUCACGCUCAGGCACUCGAAGUGGCUAUUGCUACUGAGAAAACGAGUAAUAGAGAACCUACUUCUCCUGAAGAAGUCAGUGAGAAAUUGCUGAGGAUGGAGUACGAAUACCGCACCGCAGGUGCGACGGCGAACCGAGCGAAUGCGGAUGCAACGAUAGCAGCGAAAACCCUCGAAACACUGACACGUAGGUUGGCGAAGAUUACACCGAAACCGGAGCCUGUGACCGAAGAUACGGCCCCGCAAGAUGAUACACCACCUCGCGAGAUGCCUACGGAGAUGGCAGCAAGAAGUAGAGAGCGGAGUCGGUCCAUGAUACAACGCUUGUUGGCUUCGUAUGUGCGCCGCAAACGGGGUGUACCAAGUGAGCCGAUCGAUAAACCUCUUGGUACGGUACCUACCGCGAAGGCGCCUCGUGAUCCGGGUCCACCGGAUCUACCGCCGAUGUGCCCCCCAGAAUCGGACGGGCAGCGUCCCCAAGAUCUCGAUGUUACUAUGGCGGAGAGCACGGUUACGUUCGGGAACACUAUGUGCUUGAAUGAUUUAAAUGGAGGGGCAGUUACUCCGCCUCCCUGUGCCGCUAGUGUACCUAUUCCAGCGGAUCUAGCCAAGGCAAUUGCGAAAGAGCUUAAGGCCUCGUCUGGAGUCAUCGACGUUUCCGACACGGGUGCCUCUAGUUUAUUAACACGUCCUACCGCUAGCAUGGGUGGUCUCUGUACGCAGGUAGCGGUCCGGUCCCCGAUGGAACAAUGUCGCGCUCCCGAUCCUCACGAUCAGACUUUACGCGCAACAAGGAUUCGCAAAAUUCCAGAUAGCGCAUCUGCUGCGGUGGCGGCUGCUGCAGUGCCGGAGAGCAUGAAACAAAUUUCAUUGAACACAGCGGCGAUUCGCAAAUGGGUUAGCCUGCACAAAGCGAUGGCUGCACUACCGACUACAAUGCCAGUUGGACCUAAGGGGCAAAUGGCCUGGAUAAACGCGUGCUCCUUGGACUUGGCGGGACUCGUCUGUGGACUACCUUAUCCUGUUGCUAACCUUGCCUCGAUGUCGGGUGAAACCCUACGGUCUUUUGGACAUUCCAUCAACAGUGAAUCUCAACUGGCUGUAAUUCGGCGACACACCACACACGCAGAUGAAGAACUUCGCGAGCUGUGCAAGGGUUGGGCCGCCACGGCAGACGCGCAAACCGGUCAUAUUCGAUGGAGAACGACGGACAAUAUACAACGCUGGAGACGCUUUAGUAAGCUACAGCCCGAUUUGCUGUGCGCGACUGUCGUCGAACCGCUUUCUGACUUGGAUCAGUGGGGAGUCCUCAAUGUUCUGUGUUUAUUGCUCCCGAAGCUCGCACCUAUUGAGGUUAAGACGAACGUGGUAAUGCCGCAAACCAAGGCUGUACUAUAUCACCUCUCCAAAGAGAUGGUCAACUGCUGGACUCUAGGUGCUGAGGGCGUCUCGACUGAGCUAGAGGAUGCAUCGUCGCGGCACAUGCCACAACGUCGUCAAAGACGCCUUUUUAAGACAUCAUGUAUUCCACGCGACAACAGCAUAGGUAUCCAUUCGCAGAAUGUCGCAGGAUUUCCCAAGAAUCCGGAACAUUGCGCAACUUGGUUCAGCCACUUCCGACAGAGCGAAGCCAGGGGAAUCAUCGAUUUGGUCCUUUUACAGGAAACGCGGGUCACUUUAGGUGAGGCAGCUCCUCUGGACAAGCUUUACAACUCCUCCUGGGGAUUCGUGCACAAACUCGGACGCUCGUUGUGGACCGAGUCCGAGUUCUCUCGUGGAGGUGUGGCUAUUUUAUUAAACCCAUACUCAACAAUUACGGAAAUGGUUCCGUGGUAUGAGGAUCAAUGGACACAGCAUUGGAUGGCUGUCCGGGUCUGUCUAAUGGGCGAAACAGUUCUUGUUGUAAACGUUUACGCCCCAAGUACCAAGACUGAAAGAGAGGCGCUGUUCUCGAGCCUUUCACUUAUUCUUCAGGGAUACGAAGGACCCAUGUUUGUUGGAGGGGACUUCAACUGUACUUUGGAGCCGCGACUUGACCGUUCUUUUGUCUCGCCGCCAGGAAGACAUGAUUCCUUGGCGCUUCGGCGGCUUCUCGGCCGAGUGCAGCUUAGCGAUGUUCUUGAUGGUGAUCUGGAGAUGGCCGAAGACGAAAGAGAUGUACCGGCGUUUCAUGCGGCCUCUCACACUUAUUUCUACACUCUUCCGGGCGGUGGAUUGGCUAGUUCCCGACUGGAUCGGUGGUAUGUGAGCUCUCGCCAUGCUGAUUGGAUUCGUGGCGUUGCUUUGUCAGUUCCUGGUCCAGCAGCUGACCACAAUGGCAUCAGUAUCAGGAUUGGAGUGCCGCGUUAUGUGGUCCGUGUACGUAAGCCGAGGCACGUGUACCCUGUUCCAGGUUGUGCAAACACAGCCGCGCAUAAAGCGAUUGUUGUGGCCAUUAAGCUGGCACAGCUUAAAGCGGACGAGACUAUUUCUGUUCCGCCGUCGGACUAUAUCACGGCCCGUAGAUUGGCCGACUGGUGGGAUGAAUGGAAGAUCAGGCUUCGCAAAGUUCUUUUGGCGACGACCAAGACCGCGCGUCAAGGUAUGACAACAAGCUAUCGGCAGCGGCUACGUCGGCUCUAUGUAAGACUGGACGCAGCUCUAUUGGUGGCGCGUACACUUGAUAACUCACCACCAGGAGCUCAUAAGGACUGCAACAAGCCUAGCACCACCGAUACUCCGGUUGGACUGCGGCGUAAUGUUGCGGAGUGUCGACGCUUAUGGCAGAGAUCCAAAAAAGAGCGCCUUCUUGUUCAACACACGUAUACUCCUGGAGAAACAUCUCGACGUUUUUUCGCCCGGGUGGCGACUAAAUUUCACGACAACACCAUUGUUUCUUUGGGCGGAAAGGCUGUAUACGGGCCAAAUCAUUCUCAAGAGUUGGCUGAUGAAAUGGCGGAUGACUGGGAGCGUAUUAUGACUCAUUCCUUUGCCUGUCCCGACGCUACCGCCACUUUUCUUUCCCGGGCAGUCCCGCCAGGACCAGUUGAUGACACUACUGUGAUGUCGGCCGUUUCCCCCAAUGACGUGAGUGCGGCUUUAAAGAGGCUGAAACGUGGGAAAGCCGCGGGACCGGACGAAAUUAACAACACGUUUUACAGAGAUUACGCGGAAGCGCUCAGUCCAGUACUCGCUACAUUCUACACCAGAUGGCUUACGUGCAGCGUGUUCCCGUCUUCCUUCGGUGAAGCGAACAUUCAGUGUUUGAAGAAAUCUGCGUCCUCCGCCUUGCCGCUCGAUCAUCGCCCGAUUGCUCUCCUCAACAGCGACUACAAGUUAUUUACCAAGAUUCUUUCGUUUCGGGUACGGCCAUUAUUGUCGCAUCUCGUUUUGCCGGCUCAAGUUGGUUUUGUUCCAAAGAGGUCGAUCCAUACAGCUCUUGACAUUUUCGCGACGGUACGCAAAGCUGCGACUUUGGACAGCAGCCUACAUGGAGCCAUUGUGCUACUUCUCGAUUUUGCCAAGGCUUACGACACGUUGCAACGUCCAUAUCUGCUUUCCUCUCUGACAUGGCUUGGGUUUUCGCAUCAUUUCGUAUCAGUCGUGGCAGCAUUACACCACGACACUACCUGCCGAUUUCUUGUGAAUGGAUACCGCUCUCGUCGACGUGACGUUACUUGUGGAAUACGGCAAGGAUGUCCCCUUGCGCCACUUCUCUUUAUUUUAGCCCUCGAUAGUGUCUAUCGGGUGCUACAAGCGAGGGAGGACAUUCGGGGGGUGCCUAUCUCCACUGGAGGGCGGGCUACAGAGUUCAAAGUAUCGGGAUACGCUGACGAUACUGCUGUCUACCUUCGCGAUCGGUCCUCGGUUACGCCUGUUGUAGCUAUUCUAGAGGAAUUUGCUCAUGUGUCGGGUCUCCGGACGAAUCGGUCGAAAUCAAUGAUCAUUGAGCUGGACCCUCGCGGAUCAGAGCAACCUUUUAGCACCUGUGGUCUCACUCUGCAGGCCCCUAGUGACUCUUGCAGGUAUCUUGGUGUAUUGGUGGGACAACAGGACGCGGUGGCCGAUAACUGGAAUAAGUGCAUACGUUCUAUAUGGAGCCGACUUGUCUUAGCCCGCAAGAAGACGCACACAGUGGAACAACGUGCUCUGCUAGCAAGUGCUAUCGCGGUGCCCAAAAUUAACUUCUUAGCACGGCACUGUUGGCCUCCUCCCGCAGUGGUUACCCGGUUGCACAGCUUAAUAAUGGACUUUGUAUGGGGUGUCCGAGAUAGAAAGCGAUCCAGACCCUGGGUAUCUUCCGAGAUAGCGGCCUUACCUAUCCAGCAGGGAGGACUAGCGGUUCCCUGUAUUCGGACGGAAUUGAUGACGAUGGCGGCAACAGCAGUUGGACAAUGGGCUGCUACUGUCUCUUCGAGAGACUUACUAAUUGGUGACUUCUUAUGGGGAUCUACCGGGUCGGGUACGGCUUACAUUACACCUUGUUGGACGGAAGACAAGCUCCCUCGAUAUCGCGCAACGCUUUGGCUAACCGGGUCUGAAAUUGUUGGACUUUCUUCGGCUCAACAUGCACGCCAAGGUGCGGUCAGCGAGGUCUGUAGACGAGCCUUGUCGUUUACGUCGAGAGCAGCAGUCGCCUAUAAUGAAGACGGUAGUGUCACAAUUGAUGUUCGGCGGGUUAUUGAUGACAGAUUGCGCGUUGGGAUGCGAGCUGAUGUAGCAGCAUCAGGGCGAUUUGACCACCGGUGGCUGGCAUACGCCACGCUUAAGGAUAUGUCGUGGCUCAGAGAUCGACAGGGUAAGGCAUACAGCUUGAACGGGGCCGACUUUGCGCGAAACUUGAAUUACCUUGGCGAGACAAUGACGUGGACGACCCUGCAGAGUGGCAUGGUCUUGUUCUCUCCUACGCGUGACAUGGCGUCCCAGUCUAUGGCAAAGCGACGGCAUUUUGGGUCCUUCUGCCUCGCGCUGCUUUACAAUUUCCCGUCACUGGUAUAUCGACCACUGGAGCCUGGGUCUGUGAUUGCAUACUCUACAAAGGUGCACCAGUUCCAUGACUGGCUUCUAACUGGUGACGGUAAGUCGCUCAGACAUUUCGAUACGGGCAUGGAAUGUGGAGUGCAACCGGUCGCGUCGAUGGAGGCAUGCGAUAUAGCCGCGUCAACAGCUAGUAAGUCUCCUGUUCACUUUGGAGCGCAUCCGGCGCUUACUCGCGUUGUCCACAUGUGGGCUGGACGACGAAGGUGGCGGCCGCAACGACGUAAACUGAAACAGAUUAUCACCCGGCGGCGCCGUGCUGUAGGGACUAGACUUCUUGAUGAACGUGUGGCAACGACGGACUUUCACGUGAUCUCGGAAGGUACAACAUUGAUUACUUGGAGGGACAUUCGACGAAUACGAGCGUCCUUUCCGACAAACGCUCAGACGCUGUAUAGGCUAAAGAGUAACAGUUUUCCGCUCUGGAAUUGGGCGAAGCAAGAUCUGUCUUGCCCGGUCCCUGAGUGUGCGAAUGCUGGUCCAGCUCUGGCAAGCCAUAUCUUUUGGACAUGCUCUAGUGCGCGUCGUCACUGGGAGUUUCUCCUUGAUCGGUGGCGAUGGCUUGGAACUUUCCAGGAGGCUGAAUUGAAUGUUUGGGUGUUUGGCCUGGACCUCCCGGCGAUUCCACCCUACGCCUGGGAUGUAAUUAAGCAAUCCAUGGACCCAGGGACUAAUUUAAUAAAAGCUCAGGCUGCUAUAUUUCCGGCAGCUAUAGAGCUGUGGCGUUUUGUCGUAUCAACAACCCUUCAUGCAAUCUGGGUCGAGCGCCUCCGCCGCAUGGAAGACUCUUCGUUAUCACAGGAGGUGCACAUAGCCAGCGCCAAGACGAGCUUUCGUCGGUCGGUCAGACGGUUUCGGCGAUCAACCUAUCAGCCCGAGAUGGGGGAAGAUGGGCAACUGUUUGCGCAGGUACGGUCGGCCUUGGCUGAUACCCUACUCUGCUACGAUGAACCUCCUUCGUUACUAGUCCGGCCUAUCGACCGGCUCCCUGGCGAGCUUUACCUCCUCUUCUUUGACGGCGGGUCCCGCGGAAAUCCAGGUCCAGGUGGAGCCGGGUCUGUGAUUGUACGACUACGCGUUCCGACUCACGCCGCAUGCGUUCUGUGGGUAUCAAGUAUGGCUUAUGCAUCUGCCGAUACCACUAACAAUGUCGCUGAAUAUUGGGGGCUCGUGCAUGGUCUUCGGCAAGCAAAGACAGGCGACUACUCACCCUUGCACGUCAUUGGGGACAGUGCGCUUGUACUUUCUCAACUCCGAACACAACACCCUCCACGCAAGCCGCACUUGGUGCGUUUAUUCAACGAAGCACGUGCCAUCGCUAACGAUAUUGAUGUCGCCAGCUGGGGACAUCAAUACCGCACCUUCAACAAAAUGGCGGAUCGACUGGCAAAUAUCGCUAUGGACACGGGAUCUUCUAUACAAACGCACGCUAUCUCGAACCCAGGUCUGGUCCAGGAGGCUUCAAAAUUCCUUGACACUGAUGUCAAUCAUUGGUUGGAGACCUCUCAAGCCGACCAUCAACUCGUCAUACAGGGCCCCGGGCUGACCUCGAGGAACCUGAUUAUCUCGAGACAGGAGUCUGCGCGUAGGCGCUCUGCUGUGCGAGGACUAGCGCUACCUAGUAUAUAA